AUGGCCGGAGCACCUUCCCGCCGCCAGCCAAUGGGAGCGCGGCACUCCCGGCCGCCAGCCAAUAGGCGCGGGGGGCGGGGACUGGGAGUAACGCUCGGAGCGGCGGCGAUGGCCCCGGAGCGCGGUGGCCGCCCGCUCCCCGCCGGUACCGAGGGUCUUCCCCGGGUUUUCCUGCAGAGCCUGCGGACUCUUUUCGAUAUCCUGGAUGACCGGCGGCGGGGCUACGUGCACCUACGGGAGAUCGAGUCGCGCUGGCGGGGAGCGGAAGCCCAGGAGCUGCCCGCCGGGGUGAUGGAGGGGUUGCGGCAGGCGGCGCCGGCCAGCGGGUACCUCACCUUCGAGAGGUUCGUACUGGGGCUGCGGGCGGCACUGCCUGGGACUGAGCCGCCGGUGGAGGGUGGCGGCGGCGGACGGCGGAGCGCGGAGAAACCGCCAAGCCCUCGCUGUUCCGAGGAGCGGCGGGGAAAGAGCACCGGACAGCGGGAACCGGGGCACGGCCAGCCCCGAGGCCGCGAUGGUGAUGCUAAGUCUGCUGGGAAGCCCCAGGGAGACAGUGACCACCCAGGGGCUGGGGACACUCGGAGGCAUCAGAGAGGCCGUGCAGAACACCGGAGACACACCAUCACCAAUGGCGUGGACUUCAGCAUGCUGAAGUACAUGAAGGAGCUGGAAGUGGAGAAGGAUUUCCUGUUGCAGGGCCUGGAACUUAUAGACCGGGCUCGAGAGUGGUACCACCAGCACAUCCAGCUCAUGCAGGAGCACCAGCGGCUCCUGGGGAAGAGGAGAACCAGUGCUGAUUUCCCUGAAGGUGGCCAGAGCCAUCUGGGGCGCCUGGUCCCCAAGCUGCAGGAGGUGAACCGCUGCCUGGCUGACCUUCUUUCCACUGCCAGCAAGACAGCAAACCCCUCCUCAGCACUGAGCAGGCUGGUCCCUGUGACAUCCCCAGCCUCCACAGGCUCCCAGCAAGCCAUCAACAUGCUGAAGGAGCAGAAUCGGCUUCUCACCAAGGAGGUGUCUGACAAGAGCGAGCGCAUCACCCAGUUGGAGCAGGAGAAAUCUGCCCUGAUCAAGCAGCUCUUUGAGGCUCGUGCCCACAACAACCAUGAGAUGAGCCAGCUGGAUUCCACCUUCAUCUAGCACAUGCCUCCCCUGCCCCAUCCCCAAACUUACCUGGGGGAUUUCCAGGGACUCUGGCCCCAAACUCAUCACACCUGCUGCUCCAGGUGUUGUGUCUCCAGGUCUGGGGCUGCUGGUGGCAUCUCUGUGCAAGGAAGCCAGGACCGCUCCUGGGGAGCAUCCCUGCCCUGUUGAUGGCUUAUCAGCCAUGCUGCUCUCAAGCUGCUCCUUUCCUGUCUCUAAGUGGGCUGCAGGAUGCUGUCCCCAGCCCUGUGACCCCCAGCAUGCAGGAGACAUGGCUGCUGUCUGUGCUGCCCAUGUGGGGUCAGCUACUGUGCCCUUGCUGACUUAGGCUGGAUUUUGGGUGCUCUUGGGGAAAAGUGAUGUAUCUUCGACAUUCUAGCCAGCAUCUCUAGAAGGAGAUGGCCUGGCCCUUAGAGGGUGCUGGCUCCUGCUUGUCUUGCUGUUGGAAGACAAGAUUGGAAAUCCCAGGAGGCAUUCCUGGCCCCUCUCUGCUGCCCAUGUUCUGCCUGCCAGAGGCAUUGUCCAGCCCUGCAGUGCUCAGACUGGUGGUCCUCAUGGCAACCACUCUCAUGUUUGUGGUAGUGAUACUAUACUUGCUAUUUACAUGUCUGUAGGCUCCUAUAGGGAAUGAGCCAUAGAGCCAACCAAGGUAGCCUACACCUCUGAGCUGCUUUUUUGAGCUCUUGGGAAGUUGAGACAGACACCUCCCUGUUUACUUGACCUGACCUGGCAAUUACUUCCUGAUGUCUGCCAGGAUUAGAUUAUUUUCAUGAUGACUGUGAAAGCAGAAGUGGUGUUCCACAGCCUGAGGAUGCUCACAUCAGCCUGACCUCACAGAGGGUCUUUAGAACUUGGCUUUGUAUUUAACUGAGUGUGGGACAGAGCAGAGGCUGACAGGCUCUUCCCUGUGCACAUCUACACAUGCAGAAAUGGCAGCUCUGCCUGACAUGGUUGUGGAGGCUUCUGUCAGGGAUGACAUCCUGACUGUGAGCUGCACUCCUCUGCAGGUGUCUUGAGCGGUGGUGGUGGUUCAAGAUGGGUCCUAUUAGAUGGUUCAUCUCAGGGCUCCUCCUGCUUCCCACCCAGCUCAGUGGUGAUGCUUGGGCUGAAUGACUGUGGCUUGGUACUUGGUAUCCAUGGUGCUUUCUCUGGAGAUCCCAUUUAGCUCAGCCUGGCCCUCUGUAUCCCCAAGGUCAGGACCUUCCUCUCUGGCAUUGUUUCAUGUCUGACUCUCCAGGCAUGGUGCUGUGGCACUGAGCUGAGCUGGGCAGAAGGUGCUGGUUCUGCCCUGAGCUGACACAUGCAGGCCAAUUCUGUUCUCACUUCUGUUCUUAUCUGUCAGAACUCUGUCCCAUCCAGCUGUUCUGUUUGAGACUGAUCCCAAGCUGAAGCUUACUGCAAGGCAUGAAUCCCUACUCUGCCCUGUGCCUGCAGCUGGAGUGGGGAUCACCAGGGAGAUGGUGGAGGAGGAGCAGCAAUGCCAUGGCUAGUCAUGUCCCCUGUCUGCAGGAGUUGGCUGUUAGUUGUCCCCCAGGCAUCAGUGCCUGCCAUCCUUUUUGUGAUGCCUUCUCUAGUGUCCAGUGCCUGUUUUGCCUGAGGUUAAUUAGAACUGACCCUUUUUUAUGAGGGUUACCUGUCUGUAGGGAUAAUAAAGUGGGGUGACCUAUUUAAUUUAUCCUCCUGUCUCUCCCUAAAUCACCCCAUAUACUGCUGCUGGCCCUGAAGUCCCUGACUGUCCUGUCUCUGAGAAUGCAGGGAGAGCUGAAGCUGCAAUCUGGUGAAGUGAGCAAACAAGGAGCCCAGGGGUCUCUGCACCUGGAUAUGUUUCCAUGUCCUUUCCCAUCACCUCUGGUCCUCUCAGGGACUGGGAAUACCCUGUCCCCUGCUGUGGGGCAGGGUCUUGAAGCCACCUGCACCCCUUCUGAGUGCUGUAGCCUCAUCUGUCUACUCCUCCAGAAGCUGUGCUUGGGGCUCACACUGCUCAGGCAGUGCUGGUGCAAUUCACAACCUCUUAUUUGCUUUCAAGUACCCUUUCUCAGAGCUGCCCCACAGUGGUGGCAGCAAUGGCUGGUGCUCUGCAGUGACUCCUUCCCACAGGGUCAGCCACAGGGGCCCUCAGUGGCAUGGCAUGUGUGGCACGUGUCCCUCUGACCUGUGCUGAGAUGGCAACUCGCACAGGGUGGACCUGAGGCUCUGCACUGAUUGGGGAACCCUCCUUUCCCAGGCUGUGGGGUGAACCCUGCAUCCUGCAGAGGCUGAGCCUCCCCUGCGAGGAGCAGAGCCAAGAGGGAGACCCCAGUCCACUUACUGGCAGCUGGCAAGGGAAUGUCUGCCAUGGCAUCUUCCAGGUGCUGCUUAGGACAGCCACUAGUUCCAGCUGGGCAGGAAGAGGAUUGGUAAUUGCCCUUGGUUCCCAUUUCAUGUCUUUGCUUGGGUGUGGAGCCCAUGAGGGCUUCCAAAGAAAAAGAGAGUCGUGGUUCCCUUGGCAGACUGCUUCAGGGCAGCUUUCCCCUUCCCCCUCCCUGCCUGUGGCCGCAGCCCAGGGGGGUUGUCCCAGUCCUGGCCAGCAGCACUGGCCCCCACCCCACUUUCUGUGAGCCUGCAGCAGGUUGUGGGGUAGCCCUGGCAGUACCACAGCCCACUGGGACCAAGUUUCCCCUGGGAACUGCAGAAUUCACCUCAAGCUGUCACUCUGGCCUGACCACACUUUCUAGGUCCCUGGUGGGCUUGACCCUCCCACAGCCCCAACUCCUGUGCCCACUUUGGCACCCUUAACUGUGGGGGCUGGCUCAGGAGCCAUGAGACCUGCAUUUGGGGCCAGGUCUGUAAGUGAUGUGUAUGCUGGGACAUGUGGGUGAGCAUGUUCCAUUCUCUUCAGGCUUUUUCCUGCUGGAACUGGAUUUGCAUAGAUCUGUGGCACCUCCAGGGCUCUGAUAACUGUUGGAACCCACUGUGUGAAGCUGUGGUUACACUGGGAACAGCUGGAGCAGGGCUUUGCUAUCCCGAGCCAGGACAGUUCCUGCCAACCCACCUCACCUCCCCACAGCCCUCCAUGCUGCAGGUUAUCACGGACAGGUGCAACACCGUGGGGUCAACAUGCCUGUCCCUGGGCAUUUGAGGUGGGUGCCAGGGUGACAUUGCAUGAGGGGUUCCCCAGAGCCCUGUCUGAGCAGAGUGAGCCCUCUCCUGAGCUCAGUCUGGAGGUGUACUUGGCCCCUGGGCUGCCCAGGGAUACAGGAUCUCAUCUUCUGAGUCCUCAGCUGUGCAGUUUGGGAAGGAUCCAGUCACCCAAGUUUAUGUAUUCAUACUUUCUCUCCUCUCCUGCCCAGCUACAUGCCCUUUACGUGUCCUCUGAGCCUGGGCUCCAUGCCCCUUCAGAGAGAGGCUGCUGUCCUAGCAGAGCGAUUAUCCUACACUUCAGCAGGAGCAGCUGCAUCUUGGGCCCCUGACCUGAACAUUCUGAGUCUUUUUUGCUUUUCUUCCCUGCCAUAUGGUCAGCAGUGCUGGGCCACCAGUCUCUGCUGGCCUGGUUCUGCAGCCCUCCUGCUCUGCACCUCUUGGCCUUGCUGUUGUCAGUGCAACUCACUGGGAUGCAAACUGAGCAUGUGAAGACUGGAAAGCCCUGGGUCCUGGGGAUGGUUCUCAUUGGGAUGGGGAGUUGGGCCAUCCAGGCCUGACCGGAAUAAGGAGGUGCCUGUGGCAUCUCAGACCUUCAAGCAGGUGCUGAUCUCCCUGUGAUUCCUCCCUUAGAGUGUUCUCCCAUCCCAGACCAUCCCUGUGCUGUGCUGCUGCAGCCCUGCCUGUAUCCUGGGCUCUUGCUUUUAUCCCAGGUUCCAGAAUGCCAACUCUAUUCUCCUCUUGGCAGGUACAAACUGCCUUCUGCUUUAGGUGCUACCCAGUGCUCCCCGUUCCCCCUCCCCGCUGUGGCUGACAUUUGCAGCUCCAUGAGCAAAGGCCCACGCCCAGGUGGAAUGGAGAGGGUCUGCCCUCCCCACUGCAGGGUAUGUUGGAGGCUGAGCCUCUGCUCACCAGCAUGGUUCAUUUCUGGGGGGGUUCAUUUCCCAUCCCGAGGGGAUCGAGCACAGCAUCCAGGCUCUGCUUCAGUGUCCCAUGAGAUCUCUGCCAGAGCCAAUGACUCGCCGUGGCUGUGAUCCCAGCCUGGCGUGGGCGUUCACCUCUGCCUGCACAGCCACUGCACUGUUCCAAGGUACAGCUGAUUGAAGGCAGAUGCUCCCUCCAGGAGACCCAUGUGAUGGGGAAGAGUGAGGCUCCCAGAAUCCCUGCUUUGCUCUGCAGCUGCGUACCACAGGGACAGUGACUUCAACUUCCCCGCAUUGCAAGGAGGCAGCAGCACAUGGCAGAUAGCCAGCCCUGGAAAAGCAGUUGUCAGGGAACGGAGCAGGGGCUGAGGUCAUGGCAAACACCCUGGAAGACCACAUGUGUGGGUUUCCUUAGAGCCAAAGCGUCCCUUUGUGGGACACCUGUGUGGCAGUGGGUGCAGACAGUGGGUAGAGGUGACCCCAUCCUGCUGUGCCACUGGGACACCUCUGGUUGCUCCUCCCGGAUCAUGCUCUGGGUGGGAACAGGCAAUUGGAGGGACAGGGCCUGCACUAGGUCUGGGCUGCAGUCACAUCCCAGGGAGCCAUCAAAACCCACUCAUGUAAAAAGACCCUUUGACUGCCCUCCUCAGCUGUAGACGAGGGCUGGGCACAUGAACCACUGAAUCAGAGAAUCAGAAUCUCAGAUGGUUUUGAGUUGGAAGGGAUGUUUAAAGACCUUUUUGUUCCACACCUUCCCAUGGGCAGGGACACCUUCUACUAUCCCAAGCUGCUCCAAGACCUGUCCAGCCUGUCCUUGAACAAUACCAGAGUGGAGCAGCCACAGCUGCUCUGGGCAACUUGUGCCAGGGCCUCACCACCCUCACAGGGAAGGAUUUCUCUCUAAUACACUAACCCUUGAGGCAAUUCACCCUUGUGCUGUGACUCCAGGCCUUUGUCCAAAGCCCCUGUCCUGCUCUUUUGGGAUGUCCUUAGGCACAAAAAGAGGCUCUAACAUCUCCCUGAAGCCUUCUCUUCUCUAGACUGAGACAACCUAACUUAUGCAACCUUUCCUCAGGAGAAAUGCUUCAUCCCUCUUAAUCAUUUUUGUGGCUCUCCUCCACGGACCAGCACAUCCCCAAAGCAGAAAGCCUGGACUAUUCCAAGGCACAAACAGCCCAGCACUUCACUGCCCUGUUUUGCUGCUGUCUGGCCCCCUGGAUACGAGGCAGGGGUGACAUGACUCCCACUACUUUGCCCUGUGGCUGGAUCCAGGGGACAGCACUGGGAGUAGCAAGUCCUUCUGCUCUGGAGCCUCACCUGGACAUGUGCCCUCCUUUUACCACCAAAACUUUCCUGCUUUGGGUCUAAGAGAACCCACAAAUGGGUCAUGGGCAGCCAGGGACAACCCAUCCUCAGGCAGCUCCAGGCAAGCAGGUUUAGUUUAUUUUGGCUGCUGAAAACAACUGCCCAUGAAGGAUAUCUGUGAGUGUCUGCAAGCCCAAGAAGACAGGAGACAUGUCCUCUGGCCCUUUUCCUUGGGGGUAAAAACAAAAAUUCAAUUUUUAUUAUCUAAAUUAUGACAUCUUCCUGUCAAGAACCUGAGGGCAGGCAGGGCCACCUGCACUGCUAGCCCUGGGCAUCCUGCAGCUGCUGUGGGCCAAGGUCACAACCACAUCCAUGUUUUUAUGCCCACAGAUGGGGACCCACAGGGCAGAGUGACACAGCAGUGACAGCCCAGCACAAGCAGGAUGCCCUAGCCCCAGGUCCCCCAGGUAUGGCCUCUUUGCUGAAGAUCAGUGCUUCCAUGUGGUGCUGCUCAAAGCAGGAAAGAAACAGUCUUUUGUCCUGUUAAUUAAAUCAAGAAACCUGAAAGACA